CUUCUUUCGGCCAUUUUGUAAGAGACCUUAAGCGCCGCGGUUUUGAAGCACAGGCUUCAGCUCUAUCUGGUUACGUUAAUAUUUUCCUAAGCUAUUUGAACAACUUACGAUUUGCGUCUGUAUAACUGUUGCCCUUAGUAACCUUUCAUCAAGAGCUUUAAAUUGGGCGUUUCCAUCAAAACAAAGUCCCAAUUACCUCUCACCGCCAGCGCCUCAUAGAAAAACACAGAUCUCACGUCUCGCCACCACCGGCUAGCGACAGCGUUUUCCUCUGCACAUUGUGCUCGUAAUAAUAUCGCAUGUCCUCUAUUCAGAACCUCAACUCUUUCGACCCCUUUGCUGAUGCAACUAAGGGUGACGACUUACUCCCGGCAGGGACUGAGGAUUAUAUCCAUAUAAGAAUUCAGCAACGCAACGGCAGGAAGACUCUGACUACUGUACAAGGGAUUGCAGAUGACUAUGACAAAAAGAAGCUUGUAAAAGCUUUUAAGAAGAAAUUUGCUUGCAAUGGUACUGUGAUUGAACAUCCAGAAUACGGAGAAGUUAUCCAGCUUCAGGGUGAUCAGAGGAAAAACAUCUGUCAAUUUCUUAUGGAGAUUGGCAUUGUUAAGGAAGAACAACUUAAGGUCCAUGGUUUCUGAGAUGUGGAUAACAUAAUUUUCCUGGCGCCGUCUUUGUGAAACCUUUAAUAUUUGUAGUAGAAGGACUUUUAAAAUGUCUGAGUAUUCAAAACUAGGUCCUUUUUUGCAUGAGUACAGAAAGUGUGUAAUUAGUAGGCUAGUAACACAUAAGAAAAUUGCUGUGAGAUGGUAGGAUAACUGAAUUUUAGUACCUUUCCAAUGGAAAUGUUUUAGUGUGGACUCGUCACUUUUCUUUUUUUUUUUUUUUUCUUUUUUUUCAUUCAUUUUGAUUUUGUUGUAUUAAAACAAUGUAUGUUGCUGCCUAUCAAGAUUUUGAGAUUCUGUGUUUUUUUUUUUUUUUUUUCUUUUUUUUAACUUAAGUGGGGCUGUAUGACACUGCAUUUUAAUGAGGGUAAAAGCCCCAAUGCACAAACUUAUCCCGAACAUGAGAGUGUUAUAAAGAUGGUGUAAGCUGUAGAGCAGGGGUGUCAAACUCAAAUUCAUCGUGGGCCGCAUCAGCAGUUUGGUCACCCUCAAAGGGCCGGUUGUAUCUGUAGGACUAUGUGUCCACUCUUUAUUAUCAUAAAUUAUUGUCACUGCAUUCAAUUAUUACUGUUAAUAAUAAGAAUAAUGGCAAGUAGAUAUUCAAAUGUACAAUUUAUUGAAAAAUGAUUUUUGGUAACAGACAGUAAUUUAUUUAUUUUUUAAACAUACAAAUAUUGCCAAACACUGUUUAUUACACAUGGCAUUAACUUUUUUUUUACUUUUCUGACUAGAUGGCUGACAUCGUUUUCCUGAGGUCAGUCCAUCGAUGUCUGGCGUUAGGUCUUGUGCUGUAGCAAUCCGCAAAACGGCAUGGUACCAAAGUGAAUCGGCUGAUUGAUGAAUUCAAUGCUUUUCUGACUUUAAAGAACAGAACUUAACCUUUACCAGCUUUGAUAACCUCCAUGCUGUUUUGCGGAUUGCUACAGCACAAGAGCACUCUGAUACGUUAUACCACUGUAAAGUGACACGGAAGUGGUCAGUAUAUCCAAAGUUUACGGCUCAGACUUUUAAGCAGAAUAAUAAGCAGACCCCCCUCCCCCCCCACAUACAUCAUAUGUACUUACAGUACAGGAGAGAAGGGUUCAGGCAGCCGUUGGAUCUGUCACAUCACAGGAUGGCAUGCACUCAAUAUAAAAACAAGUGUGAAUGCAUGCAUAAAGUGGAGGUUUCCUGUGUAGAACGGCCGGCGCCGCUAGAGGGCUGGCUUGUAGGCUGCCACGCACGCGCUGAAGAGGCGGCUUUCUUGUGUCAAAAAAAAAAAAAGCGAGAAUAAAAGGUGAAGGCUGGCGGCCGCUACACGGGCCACAUGACGAGGUCUGGGGGGCCGGAUUCGGCCCGCGGGCCUUGUGUUUGACACCCGUGCUGUAGAGGGAUGGUCUAGUCAAAAUUAUUAAACUUUCAUGAUUCAGACAGGGCAUGUCAUAUUUUUUUUAAACGUUGCAAUUUACUAUUUUCAUCAUUUUUGCUUUCUCUUGGGUAUUUCGUUGAAAGCUAAACCUAGGUAUGCGCUCAUGCUAAUUUCUAAGUCCUUGAAGACCGCAUCUUAUCUCUGUGCGUUUUGACAGGGAGUUAUUUGAGUCGGCACUAAUUUGCUAAAUUGCCAGUCUAUCAAAAGAACUGAAAUAAGGGUGCAGUCUGCAGAGGUUUAGAUGCAAGGUAAUCAGAGGUAAAAAGUAUAUGAAUAUAAACAUGUUGGCUAUGCAAAACUAGGAAAUGGCUAAUAAAGAGAUCUAUGUAUUGUUUAAAAAGCUAAAAUAGGUAGACAUGUAUUUGGGAGCAUGUGGACAAAAUGGAAGCAGGCACUACUCGGUCAGGAAAAAUGAAUAAAACAUACUUUUAUUUUAGUUAAACAAUUUAAAACAUGGAGUGUUCCCAAAACAGAGGGUAGACAUGGAGACAACGGCAGUCUAACGCGUUUCGUGCCCACUAGUGGCGCUUAUUCAUAGACUGUGUGAAGACAGAGACAGGCAAUUUAUACCCUAAGUGCAAACCAAUUGACUCUUAUCACACCAAUUAAGUUUAAAAAAAACAAAUGAAGUAAUGUUAAAAGCAACAGAUAAAAUGUAAGUAUAAUAGCAGUGAAAAAAUGAAAUAACACCCUGUUACAAAUUGGUUAAGCCAAUGCUAAUGGAAAAAGGCUAUGUUAUCAACUUUUAACACUGGGAUUAUUAUGGGAUAAAUUAUCAAAAGAGAAAAGCAAUUGCAAAAUACUCACAUUCAUGUUUUUUUUUUUUUUAAAUGGAAAAAGCUUGUUUAGUGGAGUAACUAAAGAUUUAACUGUGUAUAAUCAUCUAAUGCUGUUUUAAUAUAUUAUAUUGCACAAAUGACUCAGUACGGCAUACCCUGCUUUGUUACAAUACAUCGCAAUAAAAUAGUGUAAAUGCUAUGUGUCAUGUGCAAUAAUAAUACAAUUUACAGUAUAUGACCAUUCCUGAAGCCCAAUAAAUAGAGCUAAAUCCAAGAUACCAAGUCUAAGAUAUAAGGACUGUAUUAGAGAGAAUAUUGGCUAUGCUCAAUAAAAUUAUAACUACACAAUGGAAUAAAGAAAUAAGUAGUGUAUGAAUUUCAGCUAACAUUAGUUAUCUACGAAAUAGCUAAUGUCAAACUCUUUAUUCAUGUCUGAUGGGAUUCUUGUCUUUAAUUUUAGAAUCCAAAAUAAUUCCUUAUCAAGGACUGUUUUUAUUACCACCUCUUAUAGGGACUCUGGCCAGAUCUAUUACUUGAACUGAUAGUCUUUGUUUGUGAAAUGUAUACCAUUAAAAUGACUUGCUACCGCUGAUUCUUUUACAUAAUUCUUUACGUCCCUGACAUGUUCCCCCUACUCCUUGCUCUUAGCUCUCUAGAGGUUUGAGCUAUGUAUUGACUAUAGCAAAAGUUGCAAGUUAACAUGUACACCACCCAUUGGGUACCACAAUUGGCAUAAAAUUGAAUCAAAUUUUUGAUUAGUGAUGUUUGAUGUAAAAGAAUCACCUCUCAAAAUCAUAGCGCAGGUAUUGCAGUUUUUACCGCCACAUCUGAAAUUGUCUGUGUUUCAGCCACGUGGAUUCCAUGGGGGUGGAUAUGUUUGUUUACCAUACUGGUAGAAAGUGUCUGUGCUAAGGUUCUGGGGUUUUUUGGGACAAAAUUGCAAUGUUUGACUAAUGGUUUUAAAAUAUCUCCAACUAGGAGAUGUAGAUGUUUUUUAAGAAUGUUAACAAUUUGGUCAUUGCACAGUGUACUCAGUUGUGUGAAUACUAUUGAAUCGCUAAAGCUGCUGUUUAUUUCUUUGUAGGGUCUAUUAGCUAAAUUGACAUUAGAUUUCUUCACUAAUUCAUGACAUUUCGAUAGAGAGCUUUUGUUAUAACCUCUACUGACCAAUCUAUUUUCUAGUUCAAAUGCCUGUUGGUCAUAAAUUUCAUCUGAUUGUGUUCCUUCUGAGUCUGAACUGUCCUUUAGGUAUAGCUUGCAUUAAAUGUUUAGGAUGUUGCGCUUUAGCGUGCAGGAUGGUGUUCCCAGCAGUAGGUUUUCUGUAAGUUUUUGUGCAUAUAUGAUUGAGUACCUGUAAAGUUACAUCCAAAAAAUCUAUUUGUGACUAACCAAGGUUAUCCAACCCUGUGCCAGUCACUUAUUUGGCAUAAAGGGUUAUCGGACCGCUUCUACUCUCACUAAUAGGUCACAAUCUAGCCACACCAGGCCAGCUUGUGAUUUAGUUCCGUGGGUGCAAGGGUUAACACUCCCUAGUCUGUACUAGACGUAAAAGAAAUGCCCAAAACUCCACUUUAAUGCCACCCACACUAAACUAACAACCAUAUAGCUCAAACUGCCACCACUUAAAAUUUAUUAAAGGGAAAAUCCUAAGAAAAAACCCAGAAUUACACAUUAACUCUUAGUACAAUUUGGCAGAAAAUAACCUAUAUUAUACAGUUCUAAUAUUAGUCUCUUUCAGUAACGUGGUUCAAUUAUUAGACAAAGGCCAAACUUAAUAUUAUGUACAAUGCAUUAUUAAGUUGCUACUAAUAAAAUUACACACAGCAGACAGUUUUUAAUAUAAAAAGGGAGAAAAACAGAUUGAAUAUUUUACUAGUCUCAAGAUCUGUGCCAGGGGCUGGCAUGAAAGCAAUGGUCCUUACCCUGUAGAACAGCUCCCCUUGUAAGAAUGACCAAUUUCAGUGUUAAAACACAAGACCCUUAUACCUUUUUUCCAUAGAUCAGGUUGCCUGACCACACCCUCCUGGGCGGGCUAAGAACCCCCCCCCCCAUGUCUUUAAACGCAUAUAGGCAUUAGACCAAUGUCCAUUUAAUGACCCCAUCAGGUUAUGGGGGAGAAGUACUGUUGUAUCUCUGGAGAUGACAGAUUGACUCAAUGCAUACACAAUAACAUUUGGAGGAAGGGUUUUAGAAACUAUUUAUGAGGGGUUCUGGCACAUCAAAGAAAACUCAAACAAACCCAGUACACAGCUAUUUUUAAAAAAACAAACUGUUUAUUAACCCCUUCUCAGCUAAAUCCUGAGAUGUUCGUGACAGUCAUUCAAAGGUUUUUUUUUUUUACUAUGAAGAGCGAAUCGGCUAUAUAUCGUGAAUAAAAGACGAUAUCCUCGCACCAUGGAUUCGAUGGAUCAUAAAUGUGCAUAAGUUCCCAUCUGGCCACAUAUAAGUUAGCAAAUGAUUGGGCAAACUUUGCCCCCAUCGCUGUGCCACAUGUUUGUUGGAAAAACUCUUGGUUAAACAUGAAAAAAUGUGGGAUAGAAGAUACCACAAGAUGUCUCCUACAUAGUGUUUGGUGAUAUUUUCCAACUCUAAUUUUUUUUGUUAAGAAUGAUUCAAUAAUCUGAACCCCCAAAAAGUUGGAAUGCAUGUAUAUAGAGAUGAAAUAUCGACCACCAUCCAUGUAUAGUGUUCUUGCCACUCAAUGUGUUCUAGUUUAUUGAGAAGAUGUGAGCUGUCCUCCAGGUAGCUUAAAGGGACAGUAAAGUCAAAACUAAACUUUCAUGAUUCAUAUAGGGCAUGUCAUUUUAAACAACUUUCCAAUUUACUUUUAUCAUCAAAUUUGCUUUGUUCCCUUGGUGGUAUAUUUGAAAAGCUAAACCUAGCUAGGCUCAAACUGAUUUCUAAACAGUUGAAAACCGCCUCCUAGCUCAGAGCAUUUUGAAAGUUUUUCACAGUUAGACUGUGCUAGUUCACAUGUGUCAUAUAGAUAACAUUGUGCUCACUCCUGUGAAGUUAAGGAGUCUUCACUGAUUGACUACACUGCAUGUCUGUCAAAGGCACUUAGAUAAGGAGGCUGUCUGCAAAGGCUUAGAUACAAGGUAAUAACAGAGGUAAAAAGUAUAUUAAUGUAACUGUUGGUUAUGCAAAAACGGGGAAUGGGUAAUAAAAGGGGUUAUCUUUUUUUAAAUAAGAAAAAUUUUGGUGUAGACUGUCCCUUUAACUGACCUUUGGCAAUAGGUUGUCGAAUGGCGUCUAUCCAGGCUCCCAUAGGUUCAAAAAGGGAGCCAAUGCUAGAGACUAUUGGUCUACCUGGAGGAUGCUCAAUAUCUUUAUGUACUUUAGGUACAUGGUAAAAGAUGGGAUUCUGUGGAACAAGAGUAUUUAGGUCAUUGGUACUAAAAAUGCCCAAUGAGAUACCUUCUUGGACCAAUUGUGUCAAUUCUUUUUUAAAGAUGCGAGUUGGAUUUGAAAAUAAUUUAUGAUAAAUAUUACUAUCAUAAAGCUGUCUAUAAGCCUCUUGAAAAUAGAAGCUUUUAUCCAUGAUAACAAUGCUGCCGCCCUUGUCUGAAUUUUUUAUAACAAUGUCAUGGUUGUUUUGUAAUGACUUAAUAGCCAAACAUCCUGAACUGCUUUUUGGAAAGCAUUUAAUAUUUAACCCCUAUGUUGGACUGAAUAAAUAUCAGAUUUUGUCUUUUUAGGUUUCUGUAGCUGUUUAGGAUUAAGAUCCAGAGAUUCACUGUGCAGUUCAUUAAGAGUUGCCAGUGUCCAAGCAUCAGAAAGGGCAAAUAUGGAAUAGCAUUGACAUCAAUAUUUUUAUUUUUCACUGAAUCGGCACUAGCUGGAUGCUCAAGUUCAUCAACUGUUUCAGAGGUUAAAGAAAAAACCCUUUUUAAGGUAAGUUUUCUGAUGAACUUGUUAAUAUCCAGCAAUGUGUGGAAACUGGAAAAUUUGUUUACAGCUGCAAAACCCAAACCUUUGGAUAGAACUAACUUUUCAAAUUCAUUCAGUCUAUAUUUUGACACAUUUAUAAUACUGAGACUCUCAGAAGGAGUACAGGUGUUUAAGUUUAGUGUCCCUUCUUCUUUGUUUUUUCUUUGCCUCUUCUUUCUCCACCUUCGUCUUCUUUUUAUAAUAGGGUGAUCUCGCGAGUUUUGGGUCGUACCACUGGUGGACACUCCCCCGACUCCUCCCCCGAAGUUUCCUGUAAAAAAGAAGACGAACAAGAAGAGGAAGAAAAAGAAGAGAUGGAAUUUGAAGACAUGGUGUUUUUAGGAUCCGUGGACUCUCCUUCUGAUGUAUUGAAUACUACUUUUCUUUUGUUCUUUUUUUAAUAUUGAUUUAGGAAUAUUUUUGACAUUCUUUUGGCCUUGUUGGAACUGUGCGUUGCCAAAAUUCUUUUGAUAUUUAUUUUUAUUCCUUUCAACAGGUUGACUUAGUUCACAAAAGUGUGAGCUGAGUUCAAAAAGAUAUGCUUCUAUGCACUAUUCGGGAAAUAUCAUAUGUACUUGUUCAGUCAACACAGUAAACAACAAUAUUGUUAAAAUGUAACCUUUAUUAUGUAUAUUUAAAAUGACAGCUAGAUUGCACUGAUACCUGCUGCUUUGCGCAUAUGUUUAAAAACACAUCUCCAUGCUGUUUGAUUAUAACUCUGAUAAUUAGGUGUUAUGUGGGGCAAGAAACUGUGUUGAAUUAUAACUUUAUUACUGUUGUUAGAAAAUUCUCAUAGCCUUAUUGGUGGCUUGUUUUAAAACACAAUUCUGUUAAAUUAUUAUUGUAUGGUCCACAAUAAAGUUUGCCUGACCCACAUAUUUCAUAAAUCUGUAUUAACCUGAUAAUAUCUAGCUGCAAGUUGACAAUUACUGGCCUUAAAAAGAGUCUCCUGCACCUAUACUAAAUACUUGUACACUGAUAUCAGACUUAUUAUAUAUCUGGUUGUUAAUUAUGACUUUGGAUAGUCAUAAUUGCCUUUAUGACACUUAAAGUUACUAUUUGAUAUCAGUAUCAGUCAUGUAUGUGUGCGUUACUUUUGGCUGUUCAGCUUAUAAGUAAUGUCAACUUCUGUUGGUUAUAAGUAGCCUUGAUGUUUAUUUGGUAACAUUAUGUAAAUAGCUGUUUGUGGUCUAUGAUUACUAGUAUCCCAUCACACUAUGUGUUCUUGUAAUCAUUAUUUUGUAACCGUUGUUAGCUGAUAAUAGUAGUCUGUUCAUAAACUAAGAGUGUUGGCACUCUAUUUAGAAUUGAUAUCUGUUGGAUUGCACUGGGUAUCCUUGUAACAUGCUAAUGCUGAGUAUCCACUGUUUCAACAGAGGAAAAAUUACCUCUUAAUACCAUUGAGUUGUUUAAAGAUAUUAUCUCUCUGAAUUAGAGCUUUUGUUUUAUGUUAUUGGAUACCAGCUGUUAUAAAUGUUUGUAAAAAUAUCAAAUAUUGUCACUCGUUUUUUAUAUAUUAAUAAAUUGCAUUAGCUACUUUUUACUGA